AUGAAGAGAGCAGAGAAGUAUAUAAGGCAAGAUGAUGCCUUAACAACUAGCAGGUCUGCUAGAGAAGCCACAGAUAGAGGAAAGGCCCCAAAAGAGAGGAGGUCGGACAGACCUAAAAGAAGGCACAAUAAAGGGCCCGAGGUAUACAGGCAGUCCUGGGAUAGAAGAGAGCAGAAACCGCCCUUAUCUCGGGCCCCAAAAACAAUAACCCCCCUUAAUGCCUCCAGAGUUGAAGUGCUCGUGGCAGUACAAGACAAAGAGUUCUUUCAAUGGCCCAAGGCUAUGAAAGUGGAAGCAAGCCGGAGAGAUCCUGAUAAAUAUUGCCAGUACCACCACACUCACGACCAUGACACCAAUGACUGUUACCAUUUGAUCAGCGAGAUCGAAAGGUUGAUAAAGAGGGGACAACUCCGAAACUUUGUGAAGAAACUAGAAGGAGAGAGACCUCAGCAGAACCCCAUAGUGGAAAGGCCUCGAAGACUGGGAGCAGGACCAGUGAAUGAUGGCUCCAGUAGAACCAUUAACAUGAUUGUCGGAGGAACUAGAGGUCGGAUGAGCAGGCGGGGAAAGAAGAGAAGCCGAGACGGAGAGGGAAGCAAUAGUGAAGUCAUGCAGGUGGUAGAGCAUUCCCCUAUGGUCAUCUCUUUCUCCCCCGAAGAUGCCCACGGCAUCCAAAUGCCCUACGAUGAUGCCCUUGUCAUCAAGGCUAUCAUCCACAACUACCAAGUCAGAAAGAUCCUGGUUGAUGACGAGAGCAAAGUAAACUUAUUGUCGUACAGGGUCUUUCGGAAGAUAGGGAUACCAGAAGAGCAGCUGGUGCGGGAUCAAGCCCCGGUGAAGGGGAUCGGAGGAACUCCAAUAAACGUGGAAGUAAAGCUUCCUCUAAGCUACAACGCGAUACUGGGAAGGUCUGUGGUGUAUGACUUUGAGGUGGUAACCAGCAUUAGAUAUCUGACCAUGAAAUUCCCAACAAAGGCAAGGGUAGGAGUAGUUCGAUGGUGUCAAGACGAAGCAUGGGUGGUAUACAUGGCCACGGUGGCAGAACCGAGCUCGGUAGAUGAGAGAAUCAACUCAGAGGUCAUGGAGGUCAGAGAUGAGAAGAAAGAAGCCAGGAUAGAACCUAUGGGGGACUUGGAAACCUUCCCUUUGUCAGAGGGAGAGGCAGACAGUUUUCAGCCUCAACGCCGACCUGACUGA